AUGUUUGUUUCUCGACUCAGUCUGACUGUCUUGCUCUUUUCCAGCUUUGCUUUUGGCCAUCGACUGCACCGCCGCCAAAAUGACAGCGUCGAAGAUCCUGCUGCACUUCUUGCCCGAGGGAUUGAGGCCCUUGGUGGCCAGGAUGUUAUCGAUUCCAUAAGCAGCUUGUCGUACUGUGGCGAAACAAUUCUUCGCGCCAGGACCCUGAUGAUGGGAAUCUCUCUCACUGGAGUGGAUAAUGCAGCUGUCACUGCUGGCCGACAAAACAUGACAUUUUCCUUUGAUGGGAACAACGUUCGGCAACGCAUCGAUAAGGUCGCCUCUCUUGGCCCUGGAUGGACAUUUGGGAGAGCCAAUCUCAGUCCUAUGGACUUCUCUUUGGUUGUUAACGGCGGUGAGACUGGUUUUGCAGCUGUUGUUAGGGGAAGCUACGACCUUUACAAUCCUACUGGAGAUCCCCAGGGAUACCUAGACGGUCUUCUUGCAUCGUAUUUGAUCAACAAGGCAUAUAAGUGGCAACCGUUGCUUCUCUCGACGAUCCUAUCUAACAAUAAGUUUACCUAUCGCUCAGGGGCCUCGGAAGCCGGUGUUGAGCUCCACGGUGUCCAUGACGAUUCACUUAACUUAACGGUUCUUUUCAAUCGCGAUACCAAUUUGCCGUACAUCAUCCGCUCCUACGAAGAUCACCCCUUUUUUGGUGCCUCGACAAACGAUCUCCUUGUUUACGACUACACGGAGGUUGAUGGCGUUCAGGCCCCGCAGCGAUUCAAGACGAUCUACAACGGAAAGCAUCUCAUUGCGGAUUAUCGUGCUGAUCAGGUUCUGGUUAAUCCUGCGAUUUCUGAAGACUUGUUCACAGUACCCGGCAACGCGACAAUACCGCAGGCUAGCGUGCCCGUACGAGACGUACAAUAUGACUUUUCUGAGAUUGGUGAGACAUCCGCCAACUUCCUUUGGCCAGGAGCAUACACAGGAACUCCUGAGAUCAUCGAUUCGGCAGCUUCCAAGCCUUUUGAUGAUCUGCCCGGGUUAUGGGUGAUCAGUCCCGAAGGGGCAUUGGCCAUGCGACAAGCCGUAGUAGAGCUUGAAGACGGAUCUGUCAUCGUGCUGGAUGCUCCUCCCCACCAAAGCAAGCUCGUCAUUGAAUGGGCUCAAGCUCGCCUCGGGAAGAACAUCACUCACGUUUGGCCCACCCAUCAUCAUCAUGAUCACGCCUUUGGUGUUGUGGACUACGUCGCCAGUGGCGCAAAGCUCAUCGUACCUGACCAUGCAGCCAGCUACUACACCACUGUGCCCCAAGACCAGAUCGUAACCUACAGCCGAAGCGGCUCUCUCGUUCUGAAGGACAGCCGAAUACAGUUGGCCCUCGUCGAUAUGGAUGCGACUGUACAUGCUGAAGAUCACGGCUACACUCUCGUCCUUCCCGCGUGUCCUACCAGCGACAGUACUACGGCUGUCUUUGACGCAGACCAUGGAAACUUGGCCUUCCUGGAGACCUUUGAUCAUGCAGCAGUACACGAGCUGCUGGCAUCUCUGGCUAGCGAUGGUGUCGCCGCCAAUGCUCAUUUUCUCCCAUCUCAUGGUCCUGCCGGCAAUAUCACCGACAUGAUUCAGGUCGCGGGGUUUUUAUAUCCAUCGCUGUCGCCGUCAGAUUUUGUGCAUAGUGAAGCGGCCUGCUGA